CGCGGCAAAUAACACAAUAAGGUUUAUCAUUACCUACCUUGCAUUUCAGUGCUCUACACCUUACUCUAAUAGGAUUCGAUCACCAGAAGCUUAUUUCUGGCUACCUUUCAGGCUAACCUAUAGCCUGCGUAAUUAUUGGUUUUUCCUAGUUAUCGUCUCAAUAGGAAGCACAGACAAGGAUGGGAAACGAGAGAGUGGUCUUAGCAGUCGCUGUGAGUGCAGCGAUUGCCGUGGGAAUCGGAGUCGGUGUUCUAAUCGGGUGGUACUCGGGUCCCGAUCGAGUGACCAAUACAUACGAGAAUGCCCGAAGAGAGGCCAAUGAAGCAAUAUCGAGUAAGCUCAUAAACGAAAUGAAUGGUCAGAAUUGCAAGGACGUGUUAUGGGCACUGACACGAGACCCCCACGUUGCAGGAACGCCACAGAACAAGAAACUAGCUGAUGACAUCCUGGCUAAUUGGACAAGCUAUGGAUUUGAAGCGAAUAUAUACGCUUACAACGUCUUACUCUCAUUUCCAUCAACGGUAGAGGGAGAAGACAACGUGAUCCGAGUCUUGAACGGGAGCGAUGUGAUCUUCGAGAGUCAGUUAAAAGAGGCUCCACUAGACGAUCUAUCCCGGGAAAAAGAGGACCUUAUUCUACCUCCCUUCAACGCUUAUUCUGCCUCGGGCGUACACUCGGGCGAUCUUGUGUAUGUGAAUUAUGCUAGACUCGCAGACUUUGAAUUUCUGCAAGACCUUGAUCCUCCCAUCAACCUUACUGGCAAGAUCGCUAUUGCAAGAUAUGGGAAAUUAUACAGAGGAGACAAGGCUAAGUUCGCUGCACAGUUUGGAGCAGCAGGUUUGAUCCUGUAUUCCGACCCCAAGGAUUAUGCCGUUGAGGGUGCUGAAACCUAUCCUGAUGGCUUAUACCUACCUGGAACUGGAACACAGAGGGGUAGCUGCUUAGAUGGUAACGGUGACCCUCUAACCCAAAGCUAUCCUGCUAUAGACAGUGCCUAUCGUUUACCUAUCGAGAAGUCCACCAUGCUCCCCACCAUCCCAAUCCAUCCCAUUGGAUACGACGAUGCCAAAAUAUUGCUUGAGAAUAUGGAUGGAGUGCCCGUAGGAGAGGACUGGGAAGGUGGUCUAGACUUGACCUACAGAUAUGGCCCAGGAUUUAGAGAUGAAUACGAACAAAUGGAGGUGGAAAUGAGUAUCUACACCGAAAACCAGAUGGCAUAUGGAUGGGAUGUGAUUGGAGUGAUCAGAGGAAGCGUUGAACCAGAUCGUUAUGUAUUGAUUGGUAACCAUCGUGAUGCAUGGGGUUUUGGUGCCAUUGAUGCUGGUAGCGGUACAACUGCCAUGCUUGAGAUCAGCAGGGCCAUGAGUGUACUCGUAGAAGAAGGCUGGAGACCUCGUCGUAGCAUCAUGUUCUGUAGCUGGGGUGCCGAAGAACAAGGCUUGAUUGGGUCAACAGAAUGGGUUGAGGAAUUCGCUAAGAAUUUGGGGAUAAGAGCUGUCGCUUAUUUAAAUCUUGAUGUUGCUAUGGAUGGUACGUAUGUCCCUGAUAUAGCUUCCACCCCGAAUCUGAAUAGACUGAUUUAUGAAGCAAUGAAGAAGAUCCCUGCUCCCGACGAUGACACAAAAACGAUGUAUGAUCUGUGGAAAGAACGUGGGGCAACUGGCACCGAUGGAGAACCAAGUAUUGGUACUCUUGGAUCUGGCUCUGAUUAUGCACCAUUCUUACAGAUAGCUGGAAUAUCAGCAAUGGACUUCACGUACACAUACAAUAGUGAAGAAACACCCGUGGCAUCGUAUCCCUGCUAUCACUCCGUCUACGAGACCUUCGAACUCGUCGACAAUUACUACGACUCGCAGUUCAGGUACAUCCUGGCGGCUGGUCGUCUCUACGGCGAGAUGAUGAGACAACUCGCAGAUAAUGUCAUUCUUCCUAUGGAUCCGUUAGAUUACGCUAAGACAGUGGCUGGAUACUGGGACAGCCUCCAAACAGGAAGCAUCGGUGAGCAGAUGGAAGCAAACGGCAUCGAUUUCACCUAUAUGCUUUCGGCAGUGGGCAACUUUACCUCGGCCGCAACAGAUUUCAACGCUCAGCUUGAGAAUAUCAAUAAAGAUGAUCUGUUAGCAGUACGUCGAGUGAAUGAUCAGUUGAUGUACCUUGAGAGAGCCUUUAUUGAUCCUAUGGGUCUGACUGGAAGACCAACAACCAAACACGUUGUAUUUGCACCCAGCAGUGCCAACGCUUACGCAGGCGAAAAAUUCGCCAGCAUUGUCGAUGCCAUGUACAACAUUCAAGAUCUCCCCGCCGAUCAGGAGCAAUGGGAACUCGUCAAAAAAGAACUCUCCAUCGUCACGUACUUAGUGCAGUCAGCGGCCGACUCUUUGAAACCGGUUGCGUUUCAGCCCCAGUAUUAAAGCGGCCAACUCGUUAAAUUACUUUCACAGUGUCAUGCAAACGGAAUAUUUAUCAGAAUACAUUUUGCUACCAUUUAGUCCUUUGGGUCGGCGACCAAUUCGCUCUUUGUUGCUAAAAAGAUAUUACUCAAAAUAGGAUUUUAAAAAAAUCUGGAAGGUCGUCAUCGCUGCAUUAUUUGGUAGCUUUCCUGUUUUUUGGACCUAUGAUGAGAAGAUGAUAACUUG